CGUCGGAUUCUUUUGUUAUCAUUCAUUCUGCAAUGGCUUCCAGUGCCUGCGUUCAGCCUGUGUUGAAGCUGGGACCUCCGCACUCAUACCAACCCAAGAAACGCCCCUUUCUCGCUCGGUGCUCCUUUGUUAAUCCAAACCCAUCUCCUAUUCCCUUCUCUCUUGCUAAAGUUGCCAUCUUUUCGAAGCGACCGUCGUCUUUUUCUUGUCAAAGACUGAGAUUCACUGUUGGUGCACAGAGAGAGUAUUCUUCAGGGGAAGAGGCAGGGUCGCCUGUCUCUGACGCAUCGAAUCAGGAGACUUUUUCUUGGGCUUCAGUGAUUCUUCCAUUUUUGUUCCCAGCUUUAGCAGGAUUGUUAUUUGGGUAUGACAUUGGCGCCACCUCUGGUGCUACCAUCUCUUUACAGUCACCCCAGCUUAGUGGCACAACUUGGUUUAAACUUUCAGCCAUUCAGCUAGGUCUAGUGGUUAGUGGGUCCCUCUAUGGGGCUCUUCUUGGCUCCCUCCUUGUUUAUCCAAUUGCGGAUUUCCUUGGGAGAAGAAGGGAACUUAUAUCAGCUGCAUUGCUAUAUGGACUUGGCGCUUUGAUCACAGCCCUUGCUCCAGACCUUGGUGUUCUCUUAGCAGGACGGCUACUCUAUGGCCUUGGCCAUGCAUGGGGCUCCCCUCUAUAUUGCAGAAACUUGCCCUUCUCAAAUACGUGGAACUCUAAUAUCUCUUUAGGAACUUUUCAUAGUUCUGGGAAUUUUGUAAACUUUCAAAUUAAUGCCAUUGGAGGAUGGCGUUACAUGUAUGUGUUCAGUGCCCCAAUAGCAUUACUUAUGGGACUUGGUAUGUGGAGUCUUCCACCAUCACCACGCUGGUUACUUCUUAGGGCAAUUCAGGGUAAAGGACCUUUACUACAGUACAAAAAGGAGGCCACCCUUGCACUAAGCAAAUUGAGAGGCCGGUCUCCCAAUGAUGAAGCCUCUGAGAGGCAAAUAGAAGAUACCCUCAUCUCAAUAUCAUUUGGCCCUAUCAGUUGGCUAAUGGUGUCAGAGAUUUUCCCACUUCGAACAAGAGGCAAAGGGAUUAGUCUGGCCGUCCUGACUAACUUUGGUUCAAAUGCUAUUGUGACCUUUGCAUUCUCACCGUUGAAGGAGCUACUUGGAGCAGACAACCUUUUUCUUCUUUUUGGUGCUAUUGCUUUGUUAUCACUCUUGUUCGUAGCAUUAUAUGUCCCAGAGACUAAAGGACUGAGUUUGGAAGAGAUCGAAUCCAAAAUCCUGAAUUGAAAGCACAGAAUUCCUGAAACUGUCAUCAUGAGCUUCAAUAUACAUCAAAAUUACUUCUCCAUGAAUUAUUCGUAUCUAGGUGAAUAGCAUUGGGAGGUUAUCUAUUGUAAACCCCAUAUUCUGGUAUUUGUUAUGACACACUUUAGAUGAAAAUUCCUUAGAAAAUGUAAAUUAAGUGUUGGAUAAUGGCCUUUAAGCUUAUAAAGAUAAGCAAUUUAC